AUGGAGACUCCUCAACAAGACCGUGUCCAAGAAAUUGCCAACGCCCUCUCAAACCUCCAGAUCAACCACCAAACCGAACAACAACGCUCGGAAUUCCUCACCAAUGAAAUCUCCUCCUUGAAAAUGGACCUCAACUCCAUCAAGCUCACCCUCCAAGACGUCACCCAACGUCUUCUCGCUUUCCACCAUCAACUCUCAAAUUUCCAAAUCCCCGUUCCUGCUCCUCCUCCUCCUCCCCCUCCUCAUCCUGCCUUUUCCGCCGUCUCCCUCAUGCCCCACGCUUCUUUCUCUGGUAAUCCGAAGGAGAUUAAUCAGUUUAUUUAUUUUGUAAAAGACCGAUUAAUAGAAGCUGAAUCUUGCUUUCUCAAUGAGAAAAAUUUAACUGGGGAAAGCCGGAUCAAAGUUUAUAAUGUUGAGCAAAAGGCAUCUGCGAACUUAUGUAUACUCUCGGCUCAACCAUCGCAGGAGCUGUCACAGGACCUAUCACAAGAGUUAAGCAACGUCCGGGCUUCUGAGCUCGACAUCGACGAUCCCCGACUACCCGAACUACAGUCUAUAGAACAUGCGGAGCAUGUUUGGAGCGCAUUUAGCCAGCGCCAAAAGUUCAAAUGA